AUGCAAUCUCAUGGUCCCUGGACAUCUUCUGCAGAAUACCUAAAGUCUGUCGCUUGCCGUGAGAUCGAAUGGAUCAAUACCCAUGCGAACGCACAGGAGCCGAAUAAAACUCCAUGGCAGUACACGAGUCCACAGCAGAAGUCUCCAGAGGCUCACACAGUCCUAUUGGAGAAAUUCUUAGCCGCAAUCACAUAUAUCACUCCCAAGGACCCAGAGCUCGUCUCUCCCAGACUUUGGCACCCAGACUUCCAUCCUGGUAACGUCUAUAUCGACGCCCAAGACCGAAUAUCAUGCAUCAUUGACUGGCAGGGAGCCUGGGUUACCCCGGUGUUCAUCGGUGCCAAUCCCCCAUUGCUUCUAGACUAUGGGAUUGACAUGUUGAUGAAGCUCCCUGAAAACUUCAAAGCACUCGACGAUGCUACAAAAUAUAAGCUCAAAUACCAAGUGUCUCAGUCUAUUUUAAUCCACACGUAUGAAGAGACUACGGUGGGGAAGAAUCCUCUGAUGUACAAGGUUAUGCAUCAUCCUCAUGGCCAGACCCUCAAGCAAUUAGAAGCUUUUGUUGGCUCUACCUGGGACAACUGUCUCUUCCCCUUUGAAGAAUGUUUGAUCCGCGUUGAGAGGGAGUGGAGUCACUUUGGUACGAACGAACCGUGUCCGUACCAUUUCUCAGCAGAGGAGUUACGGCAACACGACGAAGAGGCGGGGACUUUCAACAAGAGCCAGGAACUCUGGAAAGAGCUACAAGGUAUUUUGACUGAUGAGGGCUAUGCGUCGAAUGAGAGUUUCAGUAAGGCUGUCGAGAUACUCGGAGACUUGCGAGAAGUCGGGCUAAGUAGCCUGGAGGGCGAGGAUCGACGCAGCUUCGACAAAGAGACGCGAUGGGUCUUAGAUCUACGCAGCCGUUAA